GAAUUACUUAUUAUAAAUGUGCCAAAUCCAACAAUUUCUUUUGCCCAGGCACAGCAAAGAAGAAUGUGGAUGGUUCAAUUGUGCAAUUAAAAGCACAUACUACCCAUGGAAGAUCCAAUAAUGAUAAUCGGAACUUGGUAAAAAUAUUCAGAAAUAAAUUGAAGGAACGGGCUAUGAACGAAAAUAUUUCUUUAAGAUCAAUAUACGAUGAUGAAUCUGAAAGACACCCUAUUGCUGCUGCAUUGUAUCCAUGGCCAACUGCUGACAGCACCAUGCGUACCUUUAGAAGGAAUUCGUUACCAAGUCUUCCGCAGUCACUGCAAGAGUUGGCCAACAAAUUUGAAAAUGGCGAACUACACAGGUUUCAGUGCUGCAAUUCAGAUAUAUUUCAGGGCUGUGUCACCGAUAGUGAUGGAAAACAAAACUUAAUAUUAGCCUGCCGGCAGCUCAUACAGGUAGUAUUGGAAAAUAAUAUAGUCGAGGUCCAUGCAGAUGCUACCUUUAAAGUUGUACCGGUGAACAUGGGUAAUCAGCUACUUAGCAUCCAUUGUAUGAUUGGAAAUUUUUCUAUUCCUAUAGCAUAUGCCUUAAUGGAAGCCAAAUCCAGAAAUUCGUACCAAUGCGUUAUUAGUUUUAUGAAGACUAAUUUGUUUCCACAACUUGUACCGGAAACAAUCAUAACUGAUUAUGAAAUUGCAUUAAGAGAUACAUUAUUGUCUCUAGGUACUGAAAAUACAAGGGUUGUGGGAUGCUGGUUUCACCACAACCAGGCUGUUUGGAAAAAAAUGAAAGCUAUGAACCAUCUACAUACUAUAAAUAGUAAUGAUCAUGCAUUAAAAUGCCUUAAAAUGUUAAUGUGCUUACCACUUUUGCCAGCUGACAAAAUGGAACAAGGAUUUCAACUUAUUAAAUUAUUUGCUACUAAUCAUAAUGUGCAAAUGAAUGAUUUUUUUAACUACUAUCAAAGGUAA